UAAAAAUCACAAAUUUAUCAUAAAUAAAGGCUUCUAAAUCGAUUUUCUUGCAUCGAAUCUUCAUAGAUGUAGUUUAUCCUGCUCAAAAUGCUAGAAUUCUAACAAUAGCACGCCAGAUGGCUUCCUUCCUAUUAAUCAUGGGGUUCGUAACCUUCAUGAUGAUUCUCACGAUCAUCAUCACAAGGUUUUGCAAGCGGAACAGAAAGCCUCACUAUGACUUGCAGGUCAGAGACAUCAGUAAAGGGCAUCGCUGGGUCAUGAUGGACAUGUUUACUCAUCCUGUCUAUUGUAAUAUAUCGGGGGCUCACAUCGUGGAAGGAGCCGUGUGCGAUUCUUGUGGCAUCUGUGUUGAUGAUCAUAACAUGAAAGAAGCAAACCGGACUCUACAUUGUAAACUUCUCGCCGAGAGGGCAGACAUUCUAAAGCACCAGUGGAUCAAAGGAAAUCUUCCUUUGUGUAGCCGCUGUGUUGUCUGUGAAGAACAAUGCGGCUUGCUACCACAGAUAUGUGAUCUGAAAUGUUGCUGGUGUCAAAGAACUGUGCAUGAUAACUGCCAGAAACGUCUGACAGAAUUGUGUGACCUCGGUCAAUACAGGGAUCUCAUUGUGCCACCAAACUGUGUUCAGUUGAAGCAGGUUGGUUGGAAAGGACGGAGACAUUUGGUUGUUGGGUCUGUCAGAGAGCCCCCUAUCAAGAACUGGAGUCCCCUUGUUGUGAUAGCAAAUCGUAAAAGUGGGAAUGGCGAUGGAGAACAUAUACUGCAAGCGUAUCGGAGACUUCUUAAUCCAGCUCAGGUGAUCGAUCUCCAUGAUCUGCCGCCGGAGAAUGCCCUUGAGUGGUGCCGUCUGGUGCCAAAUAUCACAUGCCGGGUGUUGGUUUGUGGCGGGGAUGGCACCAUCGGAUGGGUGCUCAAUGCCAUCGACAAGUUAGGGCUAAAUCCUGCUCCAUAUGUUUCUAUCUUACCUCUGGGGACAGGGAAUGAUCUCUCUCGUGUGCUGCAGUGGGGAGAAGGUUACGUUCACGGUGAAAUUGAUGUGGAGCAAAUACUCGAUAAACUAGAGAUGGCCAAGCAUGUGAAACUUGACAGGUGGAAAGUAGAGGUUACUGGUCAUAAGAGACUUGGUAUUGGCUUACCAAGGAGAAGAAAGACAGUUAUGAUGAAUAAUUACAGCAGUAUUGGCGUUGACGCCAGGGUCACCCUCAACUUUCACCAGCAUAGGGAAAGUCAACCGUAUCUAUUUGGUAGCCGGAUUAUCAAUAAGUUAUGGUAUUUUACAUAUGGAACCAAGGAUAUUUAUGAGAGGGAAUGUAAAGAUCUUCAAAAGAGAAUUAAGCUGGAACUUGAUGGUGUAGAAGUGCAGAUGCCAGAGAUUGAAGGAAUAGUCGUACUCAACAUCAGCAGCUGGGCAGGUGGAUGUCAACCGUGGGAAAUAGGCCUCGGACCACAUGGUCAACAGGCUAGAUACGACGACGGUUUGGUCGAAGUGAUGGGCCUCUACUCCUCAUUCCAUGUAGCCCAACUGCAUGUUGGUUUGGCAGAACCAUAUAGAUUCGGCCAGGCUAAAACUGUUAAGAUCACACUAACUAAGGGCAAAGCGCCGAUGCAAGUGGACGGAGAGCCUUGGAACCAAUCAGCAGGAGAGAUAAUGAUAACGAGAACAGGUCAGGCAAACAUGCUGGCAUGUGAUAGCUGAUGAUGGGCGUAUUGGAGGGAUAUGCAUGGCUGACGAACAAAGGACAUUACUUGGCCUAAGAGAUUGAAAUGGAUGAGAUGAAGUCUUAGUUCAUCUGUUAAAUAAGGCCAUAUGAAAUUAGUUAUUUGGUGAUCAUCCCCAUCCCGAUCGAACAAAAUGACGUUGACUAAAAAUUUUAAAUAAUUAUUUAUCAAAGAAACUUUUCAACAAGGUGUUGUUUAGAACCUCUAUCAAUCAUGCAGUCGAUCAUGAAACAUGAGCUGGUCUGAUGUUUUAGCACGACUGUCAUCUGCUCGGCUGGCUGGUAUCGUAAUAUUGCCCAGCCGACCCAAACAUUUAGAAAAAGAAGGCUGAUCAGAAUAAUGAGAAUGAUGAGAAUACUUCCAUUGACAAAAUCCUUUGGCAGUAGCUGUGUUCUUUUUGGCAUCAACGCCUAGGGACAAACUCUGAAUGUUUAUUUAGUUUGCCGAUUAGAUCAGGCGCAGUAUUGUGCAAUACUUAAUAUUGAUAUACAAUGUAUUUAGUGCAUUUACAUGUAUUUUGUAUUUUAUGUCUACAUGUGUAUUACAAUGUAUAUGGUCUGUGACCUGUAUUUUGUUGUGUUCUGGCAACAUUAGUUCAGUGAACUUCAUUUGAGAAGUGUAAAAUGUAAACUCUCCCUUCAGAUUCAGCUGUUUAUUGAAUGUAGUGACAUAGUGCUUGCAUGAGCAGGGCUAUAAUUGCAAUCUUUGGAGUGUGGCAUUCACACGCAAGUUUUUUCUCAUGUCGCUACUGUUUCAGUUGGUGCUGAAAAGGAAAUAUCACCAGCAGAUGGUGCUUGGUUGAAACUUCGGGAAAAUGAUUUGGGUAGUCGCCAGAUAUGCUGUGGGAAACAACGCUAGACCCAAGAUUUGUAAAUUUCUUUUUAACCCAUUUCUCCCAUUGUGUCAUCCACAGGAUACGCGGGAAGGAGAGAAUGAGUGGGAGUUAUUUUCAAGGCUGGCGCUAUGUCUAAAAGCAAUGCAGAAUAGCACAAUUAUGUCAAUAUAUACCAUCCAGACCAAUGUUUAUUUUCAUUGGGUUGGAUUGCUUGAGACUAUCAUAAGUAGCGUACACCUAGUCACACAUCUCGUAUGGUCCUUGUACUUAAUAUAUUAUUCCAUCUUGUUUAUUCAAUUUCAUUUAUUUAUUUCGAUCUAGCUUUUGAUUCAGGGUCACGUGUACUUUUUAUGAUCAUGAUUAGUGCAGCUGUGUGUGUACAUGUAACAGACAUGUUGUUGGUCUUUGCUGGUUUUAGACUUAACGUCAAGAUUUCAUUGGCAUGCAUUCUUGAUGACGAUUGAUAUAUACUUACUUUCACUGUUUCAGUACAUUUAGACGUCUCAUGUGGCAAUGUAUAAUGUUGUGAUGAUGAAAAUUAAACACUCCUGUAAAUGUACAUGUAUACUGUUGUCUGUGUGCAGUGUGCAUGGUCUGUGUUGUUCAGUGGGCAGUGCAUUACUUUAGUACAUUUUGAUGUUGCACUACAUUAAAUCUUAGUGGCUGUUCUGUCCCAAUGCAGGUACAUUGUAUAGUAUUCUACAUGUACAGUGUGGGCUGUAUAGUUUUGUAUAAAAAUACUACUGUAGAUUGUUGCUUAUUGCUUGCUACCUGUCCUGAAAAUUAACUGCUCACAUACUUGUGCUCAUACUGCUUUGAUAGGGUAGAGAUAAUUAAAUGGUCAAUUUAUUAGGUGCCGAUCACAACUGCUACAUGUACAUGUAGUAAUUACUAGUCUGAUAUCAACUACAUAUAGGUUAUCAUCCGACUUUACACUUUAACCCCGGUCUGUCCUGAAACCUUUCAGUAAACCUCAGAUGAGCUGCUCAACUAGCGCUACAAUCUGAGCAUUUCUGACCGGUGCCCAUUUAUGCACCUGGGUGCAGAGAGGCAAGUAAGACGGAGAGACCAGCCUACAGUCUCACGCCGACAGUGGGGAUCGAACCCGGGACCUCUUGACCGCUGGUCGAGAGUCCAAGCCACUACACCACAGCGGCUCCAACUGGCAGUAGUUUUUUGUACUGCUCCAAAAAGUUUCAAAGUUUGAUAUACGUAGUAUUGUGUUUACAUAUAUCUUGGACUAAAAUCAUGCCACAGUUGAUACCUUUGACUGUAUGUGGACAGUGUAGGCCCUUUGAGGAAUGCUUGUCCUCAUUUUUGCAUUAUGAAAAUAAUUCUUUCACAUGUCUACAAAAUUAUCAAGUUUCACAUCUGAACAAAUUGCUUUCCAAGUUGCCGAGAGUGAAGUAUAUCGCAUGUUUUAGUGGUGUGCCGUUUCUUCUCAUAAGAAAAAUAUAUAUUUUGAGAUUUUAUUCAGAAAGCUAUCUCAAUCUCUCACAUUCUGUGAUUUUCACCUUUUCUGCUGAUAUUGUGGUCUUGUAGUUAACUGAUCUUUCCUACCAUUUGGCGUAGCCUGUUUAUAGGUGGAGUGCAGUCCGCACUCUCCGUUGUCUUUUAUUAGCGAUAGCACUCGAUUUAACGUGACAUCUUUUACAACAUUGCGUCAACAUGCAGAAAAUUUUAGAGGAGAGUCUUACGAAUCUUCCUUCGAGACAGAAAAGACGGUUGAUAUUGCAAGUUACUUCAUAUACAUAUGUGUUACAUGUAUUUGUAAAAAAGUUAUCAAUAAAUUAAUGAUAUAGACAGGGUUUCCGCCAGAGGGGGGAUGGGGGUGAUUCAUCCCCCCUAAAAUAUUUCAAGGGGGAAUAUUCCCUUAAUUUUGAGCGGUUUUAGGGCCAAAAAACGUCUCAGGAGGGGUCAUAUACCCUUUUUAAGAAAAAAAAAAUUUAAAAAAAAAAUAUUUGGGAGAAAAAAAAUUUUUUUUUGCUCCCCUCAAAUUUAAUCCUGGCGUAAUCCCUGAUAGAUAAAGAAAAAAUAAUAGUACAUGUAUAAAUUUUAUAGAUCUUGUCCUAGAAGCGAACCGGUUAACUUCAAGACCACAUUUAAUGGUUAUCUCUGUGUACAUAGAUGCAAAGCUGAAGUGCUAGUCCUAUUUUCUGACCUGUUGUUGUACAGAUAUCUUUAUGAUGCUUGCCAGACAGCUGAAGGCCAUUUUAAUUCCUGUUAUUGGCCGAUGGUAGCUGCAGUAUGAUAAUAUUAUAUUGGGAGGUUCAAAGUUUCACCCUAUUUGGUAGCACGGGUGACCUUUAUGCCAGUGCUACCAAAAGAAAAAAACUUCUCUGAAAGUGAGCUUUGAUCCUUGUAAUGUUGAAAUCCUCACUGUCCUUCUGUUUUAGUUACUUAGUUUACUUAAGAGAAUAUUUAUCUUUGUUACUGUGAAAGACAAUGAAAUAUUUAAUCUUUGUAGCCAGUAGUCUUGAUUUAAUGUGCAAUGUGUUGCAAAGACCAAGUAUUUUAAACUACUACUAGCGAAUUAUGUUCUAUUGUUUAAAUAAAGAUAAUUUUAUAUCAA